AUGUUAAAUAGUUCAAAUUCUUUUUUACAAGAAGGUAGCAUGAAUUUUAUAUUUUAUGCACUUUCCUUUUGCUCAUUCUUUGUAUAUAUGUACAUACUUUCCACUAUAAGACAAAGUAAAGAAGCAAAAGAAGUAUAUGGCUCGACAGUACAAACACUGUAUAAAGUAAAUGAUGUUGUUUCCUACCCUGUAAAGCUGCCAAGAUUUGGAUGCUGUUCCAAAAAUCAAUAUGAUUAUGACGAUAUUGAGUAUCCUGUUCCUUUCAAUCAAUUAGUAUCAGACGUUUCAACACACUACGAGAACUAUGGAAUUGCAAAUAAAUCAUUACCAUUUCUUCUAACUGGAGAUAUUCCCACCUAUCAUUUACACACUUCAGAUGUAUUGAUGAUGACAGGUGCAUCAGAAAAUCAUGGUUAUGGUUCCUUUAAUUGUCUAUAUUCUAUGGUUUUGGCAGAUCCUUAUGCCUCAUAUAUGUAUAUUGAUUUAGGUUUAUCGCCUGAAUUGAAGGAGAAGUUGUUUGCUCAUUUCGAAACAAUUCACCAGAUUCAGAAGAAAAUGAAAUCCACUGGGUUUAUUGCAUAUCGCAAAUUCAAUUGGAGUUCUUUUCCCCAAUGGAUGAAUCUGUUUGAGAACAAGGAUCAGCGUGGUGGUUAUACUUGGAAAGUGGUGUCCUACAUGGAUGCUUUGUUUUCGUGGAAAGCAAUAACAUUUUGGAUUGAUGGAGGAAGUCUUAUCCGAGAUGGAAUCAGCAGAGAAGUGACAAAUGCUCGUCUUGAAGGAAUCUAUACUCCUGUAUCUGGUGGUGGUGCAGAGAAAUGGACACAUAAGACUACGAUCAAGUUUUUAGAGCAAAACCACUUUAUUGAUUCAUUUGAUCCAAAAUGGAGAAUGGGUUGUGGAGGUCAUUUGAUUACUGAUUGGUCCAAUAAAACUGUCAUAAACAGAGUGAUAAUACCAUAUCAACAAUGUGCUUAUACACAGAGGUGCAUAUCUCCACGAGGAUCGAAUAUGACAAAUCAUAGACAAGACCAAGCUGUUCUAUCAGCAUUGGUGAACAAUAUUGGCACUAUCAAAUCAAUGAAUGCAAAAUACCAGGCACUACCAGCAUUACGCCAAGAAAGAGGAAACAAUGAAAAGUUUUGUACGAAGAUUCUGAACAACUAUUUAAUCAGUAUACAAAAUACAUAUCAAAUAAAAAUCGAAAAUAGAUAUUAUAAAACCACCAAUAUUUCGUAUACACCUAUAAACUAUAAAUUUGUAUCUCGUCCAGUGGAUGAAGAAUGGGUACCACAGAGUUAA